CCAUAUCUGUCUGUCCAUACAAACCAAAAGCCUUCUUCUUUGGUCUGAUCUCAGAAUCGCAUCGUCUUGUUCUGAUGGAGAACACGACAUGGACGCCGAGACUCCACGCCCUAACUCAUAUACUCACGAGCCCCACCACCUCACCGACCCUCCACUCCCAGUUCUUCAUUUCCCGCCAAAUUCCAUGUUACCUGAAUUGGGAUUACCCUCCAAUUCUUUGUCCUAAACCCUCGAUUCUUACCAAAUGGAGUCUCUCUCUCUUCUUCCGAAGGCUUUUCGGAUUGGGGCCUCCGAAGACCUCGUGGAGGUGUAAGUGCCCGUUUCAGCAGCCUCCGCCAUUGAUGCUGGCCAAAGGAUUGGAGGAAGCGCAGUGGGGACAACAAGAGAGGAGGGAAUAUGUGAGGAGAAGGCUUGCCAGGAAGCGCCUCGUCAGAAAUGUUAACCCUGUGGUUCCGGUUCUGCUACCUAAUCUCUUCUUGCUAUUGCUUCUUCUUUGGGAUCCAUUUCGUUCUGCAGAUUAAUUACCACUUCCUUUCUGAUACUAGAUUGAAUGCUCGGAACAAAGUGAAAUAUAAGUUAUAUUCAGCAAUAGCGAUAUAUAAUCUGUAUUCCUAACUGAGUAGUUCAUAUGCUGAUUAUUGGUGCUUGAGGCUAGAAAGCCUAGAAUUCAAAUUUUGUAACUUUUACUGGAACAUCACAUGUAAAACUAAAAGCCUGCAUUUAUGUUUAUUUAUUCAGUGGGGCAAGCACUGAAAUUAUAAGCAGAAUCAAAUUCCAACA